AUGACUCCUAAUGGGGAGCUUAAUGCUGGUCCUCCUCCCAUAGGGUCCAGCUGGUAUCAGCCGCUGGGCUGGCUAAGAGUCCAGAUGUUGUCUGCAGACAAUAAAUGUGGGGUGGCCGUGCUUACUCAAUGCACCGAUCCCUGUGGGGUUGCCAUCCCCCUGGGAUUGUAUACACCUGGUACAGAAAACAUAAAAUUAGUCUCAACAUCCACCCACGAGACGUGGGAUACCAAAACUUCAACAAACUUCCUUGCUGAUCCGGAAGACUUGCACAACCCCCGUGGGAGCUGCCCUGUUUGCCCGUGCACUUUUACGCGAGCAGCCAGCCUCGCCGCCCAUCUAUGGAAAAAAACAUCCUGCCGAAUGGAACAAUAUAAAGAAAAGCCGCGACGCCACACGUCGCUCGAAUGCCCGCACCUACGCUUGGUGGUCCCGAGUGAAGCCCAAUGUCCCGGCCCGGAUGGUGGCUGGGCACGAGCUGUUCCCGACAGCCCCAGGAGCAACUACCCAACUAGUGGAGACUUCGAAAGCUCCGGAGGAAGGCCGGUCGCAAAUGGUCAGCUGAAGAGAUUAAAGUCCUCUAACAGGCGCCUCUCCUUCUUGGCCGUACAGUCUAAAAGGUGGCGUCUCAUCGCCCAGAGGAUCGGACCGGUCCCAACAGAUGAGGAGCAGGUCAUGGCUGAGCCCCAGCCGUACGAACACAUCGAGACAGAAACCGAGCAGGGAAUAACCGAUUACAUUAAUGGCAUCCUUCCUUCCAUCCCGGACCCCGUGGUUCAGGAAUAG